UGUCCCUGUCCUGGAGUGUCCCUGUCCCAAAGCGUGUCCCGUUCCCGGAGUGUGUCCCGUUCCCGGGGCGUGUCCCGGUGCCGUCGCCGUUGCCGGGGCGUGUCCCGGUGCCGUGGGCGGGCCGCGCCGAGGCCGCCAUGGCGCUGAGCGGGGCCCUGGCGCUCCGUGUCGCCUACGCGUCCUUCGGCGCCCUGAGCGGCCUCUCGGCCUUCUGCGCCUGGAGCGUCGUGCCCGCGCUGCGCCAGCCCGGCACGGCUGCGGCCGGCGGGCUCUCGGGUGUGCUGGCGCUCUGGGCCCUAAUCACGCAUGUGAUGUACCUGCAGGAUUACUGGAGGACAUGGUUAAAAGGGCUGAGGUUCUUCCUCUCCGUCGGGAUCCUCUUCUCUGCCCUCUCCGGGCUGGGCUUCUGCGCCUUCCUGGCCCUGGCCAUCACCCAGCACCAGUCCCUGACUGACCCCAAGAGUUACUACCUGUCGUGCGUGUGGAGCUUCAUGGCGCUGAAGUGGGCGCUGCUGCUGAGCCUCUACUCACACCGGUACCGGGCCGAGUUCGCCGACAUCAGCAUCCUCAGCGACUUCUGA